CCCGAUGCUGGAUCUAAUACUAUCUUUAACCUUCUCUGUUGCAUUGUUUUGACUGUUGUUCUUAUCUUCUUCAAAUGGCUCUGUUCUGUACUACAGCUCGACUGCCACUCCCGCCGGAGCCGGCGGCAUACUCCGAUCCGGGGCCGUGAAGGACCACAGCCUCUUCACUCUCAGUCCGCUACUUUCUCCCACAGCAAUGACUACUCUCCCACCACUUGCGCUUGGUUGCGAGCGUCUGCGGAUUCGGCUCCCAAAGCCCGGUUCGUGGCACGGCGGAAGGAAUCUAUCUCCGUCAGCCAACUUGGGCGCCCUCUAACGGAGUACAUGAGCUUGCCGGCGAGUCAGUACUCGGUGCUGGAUGCCGAUCGAGAGGAUAGAGAGGGUAGAUGACAACACGUUCAAGUGUUAUGUCUACAGGUUCAAGUUCUUCAAUUUUGAAGUUUGCCCUGUUUUGCUGGUUAAGGUUGAGGAGCAGCCUUAUGGCUGCUG